AGCAAAUGGCUUGAGUCCGGCGGGGCGCUGGCGGCGCUUGCCUCAGGCAGCCAUGGGCAACGCGUGUCCCCACAGGCAGACGACAGCGGUGACUGUUCCGCGUGUCAGCCCGCAGGAAGUGCAGGAGAACGGUUGGGUGGUGAUUUAUGGCAAGGUGUACAAUGUGCAUGAGUACAUGGCCAAACACCCUGGAGGGCGGGAUCUCCUCUUAGGCGUCGGGGGCCGGGACGCCACGGUGGAGUUCGAGACCAUGCGCCACUCGGACUUCGCCUUCGCGCAGCUGGAGAAGCUCUUCGUGGGGAACUACGACGCGUCGACUCACGCCAAUGCGGCUUCCGAGUCCAGGGAGCACGGGAUGCCGAAGAAGCUGGAGCUCACCGGGGGCCACCUCAGCCGCAGCACCCUGGAGAUGCACCAAAUGGCCUGGUGGGACGUGGCCGGGCGGGGCUUCCUGCCCGCCUUCGAUCCGAUCAAGCAGCUGCCGCCGCCCUGGGACCAUCUCAGCGCGGUGCUGCAGGUGCUGCCGGCCUACGCGGUCCAGGGCCGCUUCCCAGAGCUCGCGGAGGCGGAGCUCAAGGGCCGGCUGCCCGUGACCGAAGACGCGCUGGAUAGCCUGAACGAGGGGGAGCUCGAGGCCCUGCACUCCAUGCUGGGCUAUGUCUGCCUGGGCUUCAUCAACAAAAUCCCGGAGAUCUAUGAGGACAGCAGCGUGGACAUCAUCGCGGGGCCCAGGGAGAACCUGCAGGAGCUGCCCUCAUGGCUGGCCAGGCCAUGGAUCUCUGUGAGUGAGAAGCUGGGCAGACGCCCGAUGCUGGACUAUGCAGGAUGUGUGCUGAACAACUGGGAGCGGAUUGACCCAGAGGGCCCAGUGACGCCCUCCAACGUGCGCCUGCUGCGGCGCUUUACCGGCCUGGUGGACGAGGAGUGGUUCUUCAAGACUCACAUCAUCAUCGAGGCUGAAGGCAGCCACGUGGUGAGCAGUUUGGAGGCGAUCUCCAAGGCGAUGGCGAGCGAGAACUGGCACAACCUGUUGCAGGCUUUGCGCUCGUUGGAGGAGGCAUUGUGGCGCCUGACCUCCGUGUGCCUGCCUAUCAUGUUUGCGCGAUCCCCCGAGGACCGCACGCUUUUGUGUGAGCCGUUCCUCUUCUACUUCCGGCUUCGGAACUACAUCAAGUCCCUGGAUGUGAGGAUGGAGGGAAGCGACGGCGAGCUCCGGGAGUUUCACUUGCAUGGGCCUUCAGGCGCCAUGAGCACGAUCUUGCCCUCCGUGGACGCGGCGCUGGGCAUCCGCAACACCUCGGCAGAGCUUCGGGAGGCCGUGAAGAACUUCGAGAUGUACGUGCCACGCGCACAUCGAGACUUCCUGAACAAGCUACGAAACGCCCCGCAGAGUGUGAAGACCUUCAUCGAGACCCGGAAGGGCAGCAUGGACGAGAACACCUGGUUCGCCAUGGCGGGCGCCUACAACUCCUGCAUCUCGCGGGUGUUGGACUUCCGCUGGAAGCACUGGAGCUUUGUGGAGCAGUUCAUUGUGCGCCCGUCCUCGAGCAAAACGACCACCAACAUGUCGGCCUGCCCGGUCAUGGACCGCAGCAAUGGCAAGGGCAAGGGCGAAUGCAAGAGCCAGAUCGUGGGCACCGGUGGCACCACCUUCGACUAUCUUCAGCAGCAUAUCACGGACUCGCAGAGGGCCCGCAUCCAAAUCGGCUCGGUGGCCGACGUGAUGAAGACGCCGGAGCUGACGCCGCUGACUCGGGGCAGCACCCCGUUGCUGCCCAAGAUGCCGCUCCUCGAGAGCAGCUUGUGGGAUCCAACAGGGCGCAACGGCUUCGCCACGCUGCGCAUGGCCAACUUGCCGAACUGGGGCCCGCUGUUUCAUGCGCCGUUACCAGGCUGCUCUGCUCUCCUGGAGUUGGCCUCUGUGAUCCCCACGCUCUGCUACACCCACCCCGGCUUGGAGCACAUGGAGAACUCGAGCUUUGCCCACCCCUUUGUGACCAAGUGCGAAGAGAAGCGACUGGAGAUCGAGUCGCUGAUCAAGCCCAGCAAGGAUGGAACCCCUGCCGAGAACCUCCCGGUGGCUGACCUCGAGCAGACCUGGCUCGUGUUGACCAUGGUGGUGGCCGCCUACGGCAGCAGCCGUCGACCUCCGAUGCCGAAGGCCUCGAGCCGUUGCCCGGCCAUGGCGGCCAAAGAGGGCGCCGAUGUGCGGCGGAAGGAGAAGGACGCUGAGCUACUGCCAGAGUGGAUGCUGAACAUCAUCAAGCACCUGGAAUCCUUGGUGGGCAGACAGUGGAGCGGAGCUCCCGGCUACAGCGAGCUGAUUUUGAACAACUGGUGCGUGCCUGGUUUGGACAAGGAGCAAGCUGAGGAUUUCGUGAUUUCCCGGGACACCAUCCACUUGGUGCGGCCAUGUGUCCGAUUCCUGGCAACUCCGGAGGAGGAAUGGCAUAGGAAGUUUCACCUGGUCCUGGAGGCGGAAGGCGGGCGGGCCAUCUCGGCGGCCACCCGGACCCUGAUGCCCGCCAUCUCCACGCGGGACAACAAUGCCAUUAUCUCGGCCUUAAGCCAGCUGGCGGCUGACAUCGACUCGCUAUGCGAGUUUCAGCGCAGGCAGUUUGAGGGCAAGGACAGUCGGGGGGAAGCGAUGCUCAUGCAGCGCUUGCGGUCCUUUGUGGCGGCAGAAUUGCUGGACGAAGAGUACGCGGUAUGGGUCUACACGGAGGGCUCUAGCCCGCUGCUCCCGGCGAUGCACGCCAUUUUGGGCCUCAAGAAGCUGGACGGCAUCUCUGGGCCACUGCAGGAGCAUUGGCAGACUCAAGGCCGCCGGUGCAUGCCCAAAAACCACCGCCUCUUCCUGGACGGUCUGGAGCAGAGCAUGUCGGUGCGCGCCUACUGCCUACGCGAGUGGCGCUGCGCGCCGGUGGAACGCAUUGCUGCCCUGGAAGACUCUUUCAACAACUGCAUCGAGGCACUUUUGAGGUACUGCUCCCUCCGCGAGCGAUUAGUCAAUCGAAUGUUUUCUGGCACUGCCCGGAUUCGUCAGCUGAGCUCUGAGCAGGAGCAAGUGAUCCGAUCUGGGCGGAUGGCUCUUCUGCAGAUGCGGCGUAUUGCAGACUCACGCCGCAUGCUUCUGCUGAAGCCUCCCCCCAUCUGAGAGUCGGAGUCCGUUGAAGCAAUGGACGUGAUGGGCACCUACAGAAGG